AUGUCACAGCAGCAAAAUUCUCCAGGCAGCAGGAGAACAGCAGCCACAUCAAAUGGUCCUCGUAAAACACAGAAAAUUACCCAACGCGAUAUGGACAGUGCCUGCCACCGUUUAUCUCGUGUUCCGCAGAAAUUUUCAUCUAGCAAAGCAGUACAAUCAGAAAAAUCAGAGCCUUUUGCAGUAACUUACUUUAAGAACAAUCCAGAUGCUGCUCAAGAUAUUCGCCCGCCAGACGAGAAACUAUCUGAUAUUGAAACAGCUCUUCAGGGUCAACUUCAAGCAUCGGAGAAGUUCUCUCUUUUAGUUCAGCAAAAAGCACUUCGAUUUAUCAACUACGGAGAAAAUUCGCCAGAAGCUUUCAGAUCAUUCCUUGCCAUUGGUGCUUUCUACAACGAACAGAAGCGUCCUGAUAGUGCAAUUCGCCAUUUGAAUAAAGCUAAAGCUCUCCAAGAACAACAAAAAUGCGAAGUUUCUCCAGAUGAAGAUGCUCAAUUAGCUGUUGAACUCGCAGACGCUCAUUUAUCAUACAAGACUCAAAAGCAUACACGAGAUGCUUUCGAAGCAUUACGUCCUCAUCUCGAAACAGAAAUAGAAGAUAUCAAAUAUCGUCAUAGAAGAGACCUUUACAAAGCUCGUUGCUACAACUACCUAGAGCAGCUCGAUGAAGCUCAAGAGCCAUACGCUGCAGCUCUUGAAACUUACGAUGAGGCUCAUCAACCACCAGAGGGCCAAGAAAACAACGAAAAGGAGAACGAUCAAAGAAAGGAAACACAGAAAGAACACGCAAAGCUUUAUUGUGAAGCUGCAGAUGCUGCUGAGAGAUUAAAUCAUAUUAAGACAGCUAAACGUUAUUACCGCGAAGCCAUGAAUAUUUAUUCAGAUCUUGGCAUUGAACAAGCAUCAAAGGGUCUCGAAAUCAAGAUCGAAACCCUUGGACCUGAUGAAGAGGAGGAAGAAGAGGAAGAACAAAGAGGAGAAGAAAAUCCAGAGGAAAACCCACAGUAUGAUGAACAGCAGCCUAGUGAGGAAGGCCAUGAACAGUCUAACAAUAAUGAAGAAGAGGAAUCUAACAAAGAAAGGACACUUAGUAAUGGAAACGAAGAGGAAGAGAAGCAGAAUGAACUAUCUCUCCAACAGAAGAUUGUUGAUAAGAUUGAGGAUAACGCAGAAAAGGAGAAUUUAUUAUAA